AUGAGAGAAUCUUUGGGAAUCUUUGAAGACACUUCUGAGAUGAAAGGGCUUCCCAGCCACAGACUGCUAAAUAUUACACAGCGACAGAACGGAGCGGGGAGGCAGCAAAGGAAACAGCCCCACACCACCAUGCAGAGGCUCCUUCGCUGCGGCCUUCCAGUUUCCUGGAGCAGGUUCUUAUGGCGCCAGCCGGGGGAGUUCCCAGCCACUUCUUUCCUGCUGGGAGCAGGCACUGGCGGUCUCCUGGCCAUAGGGCUCUUUCAGCUCCUGGUAAACCCCAUGGACCUUUACGAGGAGCAGAAGAUGACAGCGUUAUACGGCUUGGCAAGCUUAGGGGCCAUAGGCUGGGGGACCUCUCCUCAUACCCGCUGUGCCAGUGUCCUGUUGGUACCCAAGAUGCUGGGCAAAGAAGGCAGACUCUUUGUCCUGGGAUAUGCCUUGGCUGCCAUCUCCAAAGGGCCAGCGGCCAAUCUGCAGUACAACCUCAACGAAGUGAUAGCAUCCCUGGGCUGCACUGUGGAGCUGCAAAUCAACAACACCCGAGCGGCCUGGCGUGUCUCCACAGCCCCUUUGCGGGCAGUGUUCAAGGACCUGCUGGCCAGCAAAGACUCAUUGAAAGCGGAGACUUGGAACAUCUCUACCUCCUUUGAGGACCUGGAUGUCCAGGUGAAGAGUGACAUUGGCUAUUCACCUGAGGACAAUGCCACGGACACAGGCCCAGGCACAGAGACCCGCGGAGCCCCGGUAGGCAGGCACCACCUGUCCACCCAGAAGAGGUACGAGCUGAAGACCAGGCUGCGCUGCUCUUAUGUAGUAGACAAGGCCAUCAUCAGCUGCCACCGAUGGUUCGAGAAAAAGCACCAACAGUGCAUGCAACGCAUCUGGGUCCCACUCCUGAACCACCUGCUCUGCCUGCCAAUGAAAUUCAAGUUCUUCUGUAGCAUUGCCAAGGUGAUGGAGGUCUGGUGUCACAAACGCAUCCCAGUGGAAGGCAACUUUGGGCAAACCUAUGACUCGCUCAACCAGUCUAUUCAUGGUCUGUAUGGAGAAUUCUCAGCCAAUAUUGAUAUUAAGGAAGAGAAGCAGGCCGCGGUGUUGGGUGUCAACACGAGCUGGGAGCACGUGAGCACGGAGGUGAGGGACUACGUUCGACAGCAGGAGGCUCAUUUGCAGUGGGCUGUGGGGCUGCUGCACGUGCUCCUGUCUUGCACCUUCCUGCUGGUCUUCCAUGCAUCCUUCUCCUACAUGGAUAGCUACAACUGGGACAUCCGCUUUGACAACAUCUACAUCAGCACCUACUUCUACCAGAUCGAUGCACGCAGGAAGAAGCUGGGCAAACAGAGUCUGUUGCCACUCCGCAAAGCAGAAAAGAGAUCUGUUAUCUUCCCUUUCAAGCCUACUAUCCAGGCCUCAGAAAUGCGCAACGUGGCGAGGGAACUCCUGGAAACACUGCCCAUCCUGCUCCUGCUGCUGGUGCUGUGUGGGCUGGACUGGGCGCUCUACUCCGUCUUUGACACCAUCCGCCAGCACUCCUUCCUGCAGUACUCUUUCCGCAGCAGCCACAAACUGGAGGUGAAGGUUGAAGGAGACUCCAUGCUUGCCAGACUUCUUCGGAAAACCAUUGGAGCCCUGAACACCUCCUCGGAUACAGGACUGGUGGAAUCAAACAACAUGCCCUGCCUGCCUCAACCUAUAGGCCUGGAUGCCAAGGCCUACUGGGAAACUUCGCUGCCAACCUGCCUACUUGUGUGUCUCUGCCUCGCGCAGGCUUUUGGCUACCGGCUCCGGAGGGUCAUAGCAGCCUUCUACUUCCCUAAGCGAGAGAAGAAGCGAGUCCUGUUCCUCUACAAUGAGCUACUGAGGAAGAGAGCGGCUUUCACUAAACUGAGGAGGGCCGCCAUUAUUCGUCGGGUGCAUCGGCAGAGGGCUCAUCGCCACCACCUGGUGGACACUCUCCUGCGCCGCCUGACGCGUCGGCGCUGCGUAGUGUGCCAGGCACCGGAGACGCGGGAGUCCUACGUGUGCCCCACGCCGGGCUGCCAGGCCGUGUACUGCCGGUCGUGCUGGGACGACAUGCGACAGCGGUGCCCGGUGUGCACGCCCCGCGAGGAGCUCUCUUCCUCCGCCUACAGCGACAGCAACGACGAUACCGCCUAUGGCGAGUGAAGGGAUGCAGCCCGCCUUCUUGUUUAAUAAAGUGUGAUGUACGCUCCUGCGGCUGGCGCCUCCCGGGGAUCGGGGACUGGGUAAGCCGGAGGAGCCGGCUCACACAACCCCCACAAAGCCAGGCCACAGACCUGAGGCCGGAGGACAGCGAA